CCUUAAGGUACAGUAAGGCAACAGCCUGGACUAUGUCUGGUCAGUCCAUCAGCCCUGGACAAGAAGGGAAUAUGGUCAGAUCACUGCAUUCUCCAGAACGUCCUCACCUCCUACCCUUCGGGACUGGGGUGGUCCAGGACUCGGGCUCCCAGUUCUACAAACCUGGUUACAAUGCCAUCCCCACACAGUAUCUGUUCCCCUUCCCACACCUGAAAGGGGAAUACGGAGGCCAUUCGGAGGCUCAGCUGGGAGACUCGCCUGGAGUCUCUCAUUGGUAUCCCUUCUCUGCUGUAGACCCUGCCUCACACCAUGGAGCUGGUAGCGGUGCACACCGCCACGAUUCUCAACUGGGUGGUCAUGGAGGACUAUUGGCCAAAUCCGAGAUCAAGACCGAGAAGGAAAGCAAAGACUACUGUGGAGAAGCCAAGUACUCCUCUCCGGUUGGCCCUGGACCUCACUACAACCACCGUUGGAACCCAUCUUUCUGGCAGCCAGGCCUGACCCCUUGUCCCCCCAGCUCCACCUCCCCCACUCCCCAGCUGCCCAGCCAGACCUACCCGGGCUUCGGGGUCUUCCCCUCGCCCCCCCAAGUGCACCCAAACCCCUCACUGCCCACCCACAGCGGCCACCCAUCCCAGUCCAACACCGGCUCCACCGGCACAGCGAGUGAGGAAGGACAUUCGAGCGACAGCGAAGAGGAGUAUCGCACCAAAGGAAAAAUGGAAGAGUUCGCCAAGGAGUUGAAGCGCAAACGAAUCACACUGGGCUUCACUCAAGCUGACGUAGGGAUAGCUUUGGGGAACCUCUAUGGAAAGAUGUUCAGUCAAACCACAAUCUGUCGGUUCGAAGCCUUGCAGCUGAGUUUUAAGAACAUGUGCAAAUUGAAACCCAUCCUGGAGCGCUGGCUGAACGAUGCACAAAACCACGAUGGCGUGCACGAGAUUUGUGUGACGGAGCAAGUCACGGACCAAUCCAGGAAACGCAAAAGGAGAACCAGCAUUGAAAACAGUGUGAAGGGGAACCUGGAGACCUGCUUCAUGAAAUGCCCCAGACCAACGAGUGAGGAGAUCACCCAGAUUGCUGAAGAUCUUAACUUAGAAAAAGAUGUUAUUAGGGUUUGGUUUUCCAAUCGAAGACAGAAGGGGAAAAGGAUGACAAUCCCUUGUACAGAAGAAGGUGUAGAAAGCCAAGAAGGAAGCCCACUAUACAUGCCACCCAACACCCUGAUACUACCAGACCCUAUGGUAACCCAAGGAUACAAUGGAACAGCAGUUACACCAACUCCUCUCUACAUGUCUCCCUUCCCUCAAGGUUUGCAUCCUGCUGUCUCCAUGGGCAAUCACCCCAGUUAG